AUGGCUCCCGUGUCGGACCGAAUCUACUUCCCCUCCCUGGAAGAGUGUCUUUCAGGGAAAAAGGUGCUGCUGUCAUGGAAGCUUGUCGCAACCGCGCUUUCGGACAACUCCGGUCAUCUCCAGCGUAGUGGCGCGCUCUCCGAAUUCUUCUCCGACGAAUAUGUGCACGGACUUCUCAAGAACCCAACCGCUGCCUUCGCUCCUCCCGAUGACGCCUCAAGCAAAGACUUCGAGACCAAGACCGCGCCGAUCCAUGUGACCUCUGCCUCGACCCAAAAGUUCGAUAUCCAGGCCCUGAAAGACGAUGCUAAGUGGCUUAGCAAGAACGCCAAAACCAACCUCGUCGCAGCGCUGCGAAUUGUCAUCGCGGAGCAUCAAUCUCGGCCGUCGCGCCACCUCGUCGGGCCCCUUUCAUCGCAGGAUGCCACCAACCUGCAUGAAGCCGCCGGCCUUAAAGAUGGCCAGAGUGCAUCCUUCUUAGCAGACCUGGGCUCGUCCGCUGCUAUGGAUGCCGAUGAAUUAUCCUCUGAAUUUGAGAAGAAAGAUGCCCGCCGCACGCGUCUCUUCGAAACCCUGCUCAGUGAACGCCGACACUACAUGAUGGCUAUUGACUAUGUCAACUCGAUAAAAUUAUACCGACGGCUCCCAAUUUAUACCCAAAACAAUACCUCUCUGCACGAAUCAUUCAAGCUCGGCUCGCGACUGGCCAAGGAACAAAUCGAAGCACUCCUUCCCGCGUACUUCAAGGUACUUACUGACUGCACUGGGCGGAUAGAAUCCGGCCUGCUUUCAACUACCGAUGAUGUGCUGCUAUCCAACGAGAAGACUGAAAUCGAGUGGCUGCGAACCUUGUUCACCGAAAUCGUUCACGCACUCUCUGUAAUUUUCCAGCUUGUGGAUAGUUUAGGGGAUGACUUUGCUCCGCCGAGCUCUGUGACGCAAUGGUUUUCUCUAAUGGAAAUGUACAGCUUUUUCGAGUCUGUUCAGCCAAUCCACGAGAGUAUCGCGGAGCUGAUUACACCGCUCAGAACACUUGCUACGGCAGUUUCCGUCAUCAUGCUGAAACCCAAACGCUCACUUAGCUACCUGAACGAAAAGGACGAAGAUUAUGGGCAACCUGACGACACCUUUGACUCGUUCUUACUGUCUUCAGAGGUGCUCGAGCAAAUUCACAAGUGCAUUCUCAAUGCAGCGAACAUGGAUAUUGAGAGCGCAACACCGGCCAUCUUUACUUGGGCCCUUCUCCUUCACAGGCUUAACGUCUCCUACCAUAACCGAACCGAGAAGAGAGACAACCUUUUACAACAGAAUGCGAGAGAGAGGUUCGAGUCCGGAGAGGUCGCGCGCCCAACAAUCGGUCGACGAAACUCGGCAGGCAGUGUUUUUUCAAUCGAGUCAACAAAGUUUGACAACUUCCUAGAAAAUGCCACUACUCCGCGGGAUGCUCAAUUCGUAGAGCAGCUUGCUUUGAGCGUGACUACUGGCGGGAGAGUUUUCGAUACCAUGGGUGCCAUGGCAGAGGCGCUUGGACCGAAUAUCUCAGGCUAUGCAUCGCCUUUACUAAGCUCGCGCAUUCGAAUUGUCUUCGCUGAUGUCCUCAAAAUAAGCUACGGUUACAUUGGAUAUCAAGCGGACAGCCUAAGCUGUCUAUUUGGCUUGCUCUCUCCGGGUCGAGGUUAUUGGGACCUGUCCUCGGUCCAAAGCCUCCGCGCCUCUGGUGACACCGUAUCCUCCUUUAUUAACGACGACGUUCUUAUGCAGUGGUAUUUCCAACAAGCUAUGGAUCGAUACCCAUACGAAUUCCAGCCGUUCAUUUCGCUUUGCAAAUCCCUCUGCACUGUCACCGGCGAAGUGGAUGAUCAACGAUAUUCGGACGUGCUGAGCCUUCUGCGCAAUACGCCCGCCCUGGCUCUUAAACUCCCCAAAGGCUUCCAAGGUUACGAACUCAGCCACGAAGACGAGAAUACGAAUUCGUUCUCUCUAACGCGUGGAAUCCCCCUGAUCACACUUUCGUCUUCGUGGAAGAAGAGACAAAUGGACGACGACGCGUAUCGCCUUCCUCGGGGGACUCCAGGACGAUUCAUCACUGAUAGUGGACGCUUGGCACUUGUCGAGUACCCACACUCGACAUUGUCAUUGUUGGGCCGCCGUCUGGAAAUCUCUCUGAUGAAAGAGGGCUAUCAGUGUCAGUUUGGUUCAUUGCAACCUGGUGAAAUUGCCGAUGUUGUUGAGCUCUUUGCCAUCCUGAUCCGAAUGGAACACCUCAAGUUGGCUGGCAGCCCGGAUGCCUUGAUACGCCGAGACGAUGACAUUCUUUCAGAGACUAGCAAACACAUUGGUGGUGGGAAAGAUAUUGUCACCGUUGUUUGUGACACUAUGGAUUACUUUAUGCAGGAAGAGCUGGGUAUGACGGAAGAAUCCGCUAUCAAUGUCAUUUCUGCUUGUAUCAAGUUCUUGGAUGCCAUCUUACCUGUUCAGCCCAGCAGAGUAUGGUCCUACCUCGCUCGCAGCGAGCUACUAAGCUCUGAAUCAAGAGCUGGAAAGCUCUCCAAAUUGACUGGUAGUCUGGAUCUAAUAUCUGAGCGUCUCGAGUUCCUGAACUCGGCGCUGUUUUUCUUCUCCAACAUCGUCGACACUGCACUCGCAUCUGGCGUGCAACGACAAGCCGGAAACAAGGCACGCCGUCGACAACAAGGAGUCAACCCAUGGCUAGGCACUUCUGACAAAGUACUGUCCAAGGUCAGCCUAGCUGUAGCUAAUGCUGCUGUUGACAUAUUCGAAAACACCUCCACUUGGCGGUUCGAAACGGAGACGAGCCGUGUUUCGCUACUGAACAGCGUCGUGCCCCUGCUUAAUAAGAUCAUACGCCACAGCUACAAGAUGGGCAAGUCGACGGAAUCAGAGAGCCUCACGAGUUGCCUCAAGCCUGCGGCUAAUUACGUUAUUGACUGUUUUCUUUCGCCAUCCAGUGGAACGCUGAGGUUUCAGCCAUUGCUGUUCUCAUUCAUCUUCGCGCUUCUCACACCAGAGUCCACUUUGUAUCCCUCAAAACUCACCCUUGUCCGCACGGAAGUGGAAUCUGUUCUCGCUUUUGCUACGUCUCUUCUUCGGGCCGCGAGCUACUUGGAACGUCCUUCCGCAAUGUUGGAGAGCUAUCUCUUCAAAGGCUCGACAUUAUUAGCUCGCCUGUGCGCAGUCUCGGAUAUUUUCCGCACACCUGUCUUGUCUCUUCUUCAGGCACUAGUCUCGAACGCAGGGAAAGGCUCUAGUGAACCUCCGUCCCUCUUGGGGUAUCUUGGCCCUCAUAUCUCAAAAUCGUUUCUCACUCUGCUCUCUGGCCUAGGCGAGCCUUACGCCCUGCAAACAGAUGUUGAAACAAUCUGGAGAUUCUUCUCCGCAAUUUUGCGAAACCGCCAGCAAUGGAUGUCUAAUUGCCUUCUCACGGGCCAAACACCACGGGAAGCCAUGGCUAAAGACAGCAAUACCACAGAUGUAUCUGAUGACUCUGUCUUCGCAACUGCUUUGUCCAAGUUGAAGAGGAUCGAAAAUUUGGAAUCCACAGAGGCACUUGCAAUUUUAGAUUUCGUUGCCUCAGCGCAGAAUUACUGGCCGUGGACAGUCUUCACAUUGCAGAAGGACACUUCAUACAUGGAUGGUUUGCGCUCAUACGUGCGUGCGUUGAAACCGUCGCAUCUUGUCGUGAAGUCUGACAAUAUUCGCGCUUGCCGUGAGGCCAGAUUAGCUGCAUACAUUGCCGAAACCUUUGCAAUGCAACUAUAUCAUUCGCGACACUUGGGAAGUGCCGAGGGGCUGGCUCGAAAUCUUGUCAAUGACUUGGAUUACUAUCUGCGCGAUGGUGUUGAGGUGGCUGGUUACAACAAGUCACUGCACACCAAUUUUGCGAAGAACUUUGCGAAGAAAUAUUUCGGCUGCUCAGUUGAGAACUUCAAGCGAACACCUUUGGAGCCAGGUCACCUUGGACCCGACUACUACUACGAUCUGGAGCAGGCAGAUAUAAUGCUGCGAUUUGACCCGGGAUGGCUGGGACGCAAGGCCAAUGGGUUCAAGAAUGAAAUGGAGCUCGCAAACACAAAUCUCUCGCUGGUCGAUGCUCAGAUUGCUCUAUUCCAUUCCUGGGAGUUCCUGCUCGUUGAGCUGAGCACAUGCCUUCCUAGUAAUGAGACGUUUGGCAAGCAGAUGCUGCAAGUCUCGCAACAAUGUCUCAAUGCCAACCAAAGCGCUCCGGGCCCGGAAAGUAUCUUCCUGAAGCUGAUACAAGAACGUGCUAACUUGGCUCUCGUGCUUGUGCAGCGCCUAGCCAAGUCUAAGCUGCCUGUUCAGGACAUCAACCAGAUGAUUGGGACACUGGUCGGUACCAUGAGUGGUGUCGAUGAGCCAUUCGCUAGCAGUUCUAUCGGAUACUACAGAGUUCUUUUGAAAGCUUCGUUUGUCACUCUCCGCGCAUACCACGUAAGCGGAGAAAAGGAUGUAACCGAUGCACCUGUUGACCUUGGCGGAUCCUCCGUGUCAGUGACACAAACAGUCCUGAACUUGCUGGAUAGUGUCGUUGGCCGUGGCUUCCGCGCACUCGUCAGCCUGAUUCACGAUGGCGAUGCUGAAGUCUAUCCAGAAGAUAUAGGCUUGCUCACGGCAAUAAUGCAGGCUGCCUUCUCGCUACCUACGAUUGAUCAGUCCCAGACUCAAGUCCUCAACAUUAUGGCCACUCAUGACGUUGUCAAUGCAGCGACGUCGCUAUACUCUUGGGCUGAUCAGCUAGCUAUUCAAGGCGACCCCGUGUACGGUGAGCUAGCUAUUUCGUUCCUGCUGCAACUGUCGAAUUUGCCCCUUGUGGGAGAGCAGCUAGCCUGCGAUGGCAUCCUCAGCAAUUUGUUAUCCGCCAAAAUCACCAAGAUGAUGCUCAAGACGAACAUUUCGCCCACUUCGGACGCCCCCAUCGCGCAACGCUGCUACGCAAUAUGGGUCAAGGGUCUACUGCCACUGAUGCUAAACCUGCUCACUUCGCUUGGCGCAGCCGUAGCACCCGAAAUCACCUACGUACUGAACCAGUUCUCGCAACUCCUCAGCGCAAGCGUCGAUCGCUUGGAGGCACCCGGUGCUAAUCGAACGGGAGCAAAAGUCCCUAAUCAGUACAUCACCCUGCUGGGUAUGUCUGAAGUGCACUCGCUGGCUCUGAUCACGCGUGUUCUCACGACGCUGCGCGCAGCCAACACACGCGACAUUGACCCCGUCCAGUGGGAUGCCACCGGUCUGCUCGAAAAUGUCGACUACUGGCUCGCCAGCCGCCGGUUGCUCAAGGAGAAGCUGCUGCCGCUCGGCCAGCGUGAGAUGGAGUGGCGGACGAUGAAGACUGGCGCUGGGGCAAAUGAGAACGUCCUCGAGGCCAAGGUUGUUUCGCAGCUGGAGAUGAUCCGUGAUAUCUUGGCUGAUGAAUUGGAGUAG